AUGGUUAUCGUCAUUGAUGAUGUUAAAGAUACCCCAGUAGUCGGAGGGCAGGAGAGGAUAUGCCUUACCGUAGACACCUAUCGUGCCACAACCCAAUCCGACUAUUUCAAAGACCUAGUCCAGGAGGCCAUUGCUAGGCAUACUACACAGGUUGCCUUGGGGACUCGCCACUGUUGCAUCUCAGUGACCAGUCUACCUCAGCUCCGUAUUGAUAAAGAAGUGGACAUGAAGGCCCCUGUACACCGGCAGGAAUCGAUAAUGCAACUCACUCCACGUAGCUAUCUGAGGAAGAGAGUACUGCCUGUAUUGGCACCAGCUAUCAAUGAGGCAGCGAGAGAUAGACCUGAGGAUCCUGCCACAUACAUAGCUAUGUAUAUGCUGAAACAUAGGCAUGG